AUGCCAGAACUCGGGGCUGAGGCUCCGGUGGCUUUCGCCGAUUGGCUGUAUGAGUUUGAACAGGCCGUUGGAAGUCUGUCAGACAGGGCUUCGACGUGGUUUGGGGCUUGCUUGGAGGUUGCGCGAACAACCUACACUGAGUACAUGAUGGCUUCUCCUGUCAAUAGGCUUUCUUUACAGCCUCAGAUUCCGAGGGAACUCAAGGAAGAGAAGUGGGCACGACUGGAUCGCAAGGUCAUGACCCUCCUCUUGAGCUCCAUGAGGAAACCUGCGAAGGAAGAUGCCAUCACGCACCGCAUCGUGGACGUGCCCUCGCUGCUGUUUAGACUUCACGUGCUAUAUCAACCUGGAGGUGCUUCGGAGAGAGCCUCAAUUCUGAAGCAUCUGGAGGGCAAGGCGUGUGGCGAGAAUGUCCAUGAGUGCAUAGCGGCAUUGCGAAAGUGGAGGAGGUACUUGGAGAGGGCAGAGUCUAUGCAGGUUUCUGUCCCAGAUGCAUCAGUCUUGUUGGUUGCCUUGGAGCUUAUGCUGAAGAAGGUUCUGGAAGUUCAUCCUGAAGUGAAGUUUAGGGUGGCUUUGAUGAAGAAUGAGCUUCAACUUCAAGGGCGGCCUACUGUGUCAGGAGUUCUGCGCCUUUACACUCACGCUCUAGCAGAGCUGCAGAUGGUGGCGCCUGUCCAGGUAACUUCCUCUGGAACUGCGUUGAAGGCCAUCGAAGGCGCGACUGCUGGCACAGGAGAAUCAGCAUCUCCAACAAGGGCUACAGCAAGGAAAGGCACGGAUACCGCUGCUUCCAAGGUUCCCUGCAAGUUUUUUGCUUCAAAGACAGGCUGCUCAAAGGGAGCCAAUUGCAAGUUCGGACAUACCUUCGACAACAAGGAUGAUAAAAAGCAGCGGUGUUGGGAAUGUGGAAGCACUCUUCAUCAUAGAAGCGAGUGUCCGACCAGGAAGCCCAAAUCCCCAAAGAAGGGAAACGAGCCAACAGAUGCACAGACAACCCUCCUGUCACUUCCUGCUCCUCCCUCACUACAACAACAAGCGAUUUUGGAGUCAACUCAGGCAGCCCAAGCUUCUGCUUCAUCGGCUACCACUUCAGCGGUACAGCCCCCAGUGCCUUUGCAGCUGCAGCCAUCUCCUUCAGAGUCGACUGAGAACAAGGAUGCAGAGGUCAGGGCGCUUCUCAAGGAGGCGAACGCUAUGUUAAGCAAACUUACAAAGUUGCAGACCCUGGAGGUCCAGACAAAUCAGAGCAUUGGAGAGCUGAGUGCUGCGAUAAGGGCAGCGGGACUUGAAGACGAGCAAGGUUUUGCUCUCCUGGACUCUGGGGCAUCUCAUGCCUUUAAGACAGCGGACCGCGAGGUAGUAGAGCGAGCUGCUCCUGUUCGUGUAGAACUUGCAGGAGGGCAAUAUGUUACGUUGAAGCAGAACAGGGCGGGGACGUUGUUGGCAGCCGCUGAUGACCCAGAGGCGGCGUGUGCAACUCCAAUACUUCCCCUUGGAGCUUUGGUUCAGAAGCUGGGUUGUGAGCUUACAUGGACAAGAAAGGGCGGCCUGAAAGUGAUUCAUCCUCAGUUUGGUGUCCUCAGGACCUUCGUGAAGGGCAACCACCCCAUGCUUGCUGAAACUCAGGCUUUGGAGCUCAUUUCCCAACUGGAGGAGGAGCACCUUCAAUCGUUGGAGGAGGCUAUGGCGGAAACUUCUGUUCGAGCCUUGGACUACGAGGAGAUGAGAUCCUGGGACUUCCUGCUGGGCAAGUUUGUGGCUACAGGUGGCCGGGACUGCUUGCUAACGGCGAUGUCAUCUUCAGGUUCUCCACUAGGGGUACUUCCUCAAUCGGUGCUCUCACUAGCCGCAGUUCAAGUUGGGCUUGAUGAUAAGCAAGGGUGGAAGUACUUGAAGGCGCUCCCUCUGAACAGAAGUGCUCGAAAGGCUAUGAUGGCAAGGCGUUGGGUGGUGAGACUUUAUCGCCGAGAAGGAGAAGCGGACCUACAAGUCAGCAACUCGGAGGGUGUUGUGACGAUAGAUUGCAACGUGGCAAGAAGCAAGCGGUUUUCCAUGAAGGGUGACAGCCCCAUGUACAAAGCGCUCAUGUUGGCGGCAGCAAGAGGGCAGGUUGAAGGUGUUCUUGGCUGUCCUCCUGUCAACGAUGGUCAGGAACUGCUUGCCAAACAGCUGCUGCUUUGGGCUGUUGCUCGUCAAGGGGCAGCUAUGCAUGGGCUCCUACCUCCGUACUUGCUUUUGGGUUCUCCGCCAGCAAGCUCCAUGUGGAAAUCGGACAUGUGGCAAUCCUUUAGGCAAGAGUAUCACGUUCCGAUGAUGCAGAUUGAGUCUCAUGAAGAUGGAGCGAACUACCUGAUUGCCACGAACUUGGCCAUGAAAGGUGACUUGUUGGCCCCUGACAGUGUUGAGGUCUCAGAGAAGUUGUCUUCAAGGGCGUGGCCUAAUAUAUGGAAGCUUCCUUUUCAGCAAGAUCUGGGUUUAGCUGUUGAUCGUUGGCGCGUGAAACCAGAUGAAAUGUUCUUGGGCUACAUGCUUCACAAACUAGAUUCGGAAACUCCUUGGACAGAAAAGGAAUUUCGCUACUGGAGGAGGCAUGUCGCCAACGGACAUCUUCCGUUCGACCGCCGAUGCAGGACAUGCAUCCAAACAGCGGCCACUGGACGAGCUCACAGGAGGGUAAUUGCACCCUCGUGCUACGCUUUGUCCGUCGAUGUCUGCGGUCCGUCUCGGCGCUCCGGAGAGCUUGCUGGACGAAAGGGUUAUCGGUAUGCCCUCAUAGCCACGUACAUCAUGCCUAAGAUCUCUGGCUUUAAGGAUGUUCCAGUACCUGAGGGUGAAGGCCUUGAACAAGAAGAUCCUCCUCCGGCAGAAGAUGAUUUUCUAGAAGAACGAAGUCCCCCAGAACCUCCUCUAGAAUCCAAGGAUCAAGAAGAGCUCGAACAAUCGAACCAAAGGUUUCAAGAGCUCUAUAAGGAUGUCGGAGACACCAUGGAGUACCAAACCCUUCACUACGCCAUACCUUUGAGAUCCAGGCUCAUGCCAGAAGUGGAGGAUGCAAUAAAGCAGGUCUACCUGCAACUUCGCUCUGAAGGCUUGCCGGUGACUAGAGUCCAUUCCGAUAGGGCACGCGAGCUGAGAGGGGCUAAGCUUCGUACAUGGCUUCUUCACAGAGAUGUCCUGCCAACUACCGGUGAGGCACAAACGCCUCAGACCAAUGGGCGUGCUGAAGCAGGUGUUCGACGGGCAAAGACUCGAACAAAAACCCUGCUGAGGGCUGCGGGCUUGGAUACAUGUUGUUGGCCAUACGCUAUGGUCUUUGCAGCUUUUCAGCAACGAGAGUGUGCUUUAGGGCGAGACAAACAUGUUAUACCCUUUGGAUCCCCGGUCAUGGUCAAGAACAAAGUGUAUGGGACUGGAGGCCAUUUCGAUCUUGAAGACAGAUGGCAAGGAGGAGUCUAUGUGGGCCCAUCGCAGGAGCUUCGACAAGGACAUAUCGUCAGGUUUCCUUCUGGGAGAAUUGUAACGUCUCUUCACUUGAGAGCUAACGUGGAGGAUCCUGACAGUGAAGUACCGCUUCCUCCUGUUGAAGCAGCCUUUCCUGUGCCAGCCCGUAGAGUUACUGGUAAGCGUUCUUUGGAAGUUCACGAGUCUCGCACCAGCGAUAAUCCUCCAGAACCUCCUGAAGUUCCCUUAGAUCAUGGAGUUCCACCGGGGCAUGACGCAGGUCAUCUUGAAGCAGCAGGGGUUUGGACGGAUGAAGAGCACAUGGUUGGGUUUCUGGGUACGAGCGUCCCAAGGCUUAUGAUGUGUGAACCUUUUAGUAAUCAUCCAGAACCUCCUGAAGUUCCCGUAGAUCAUGGAGACACACCAGGGGCACUGUCGAGCAACAGUUUGUUAGCUGUCAGAGCACUGAAGGCGCUGUCUGAACCGGAACGUCGGGCAGAAGAACUUGCGGAGUCAUACCUCAAGGCUGGGAUCAUGGGCACGACUCUUGUGGUACAGCUGUUUGAGACCUUAGAGGAAGUUCAGCAGUUGUUCACCCGAGCAUCGCGUCGUAAACCGAGAGGGAAGGCUACAAGCUGGGCAACUGGUGCUUUUACGCAUGGAGGUGUGUCAGGGUUGCGGGAUGGAGCAAGGAGGCUUCCAAAUGUCACGAAGUUCCUGGCAAAGUUUGCAAGAGAGCUCAUGAAGGCAGAGCAGUUUGCAGCUAUAACAAUUCAAAGAAAUGGAGGAGGCCCAGCACAUCGGGACUUUCACAACUAUCCGGGUUCAAAAAACUGGUUGUGUCCGUUGACUUCCUUUGAAGGUGGAGGGCUGUGGACUCAGCUUGGCGAUGAAGAGGCCUUAAAGGACGGGGUCGACGUUGUCAUGAAGGAGGUGAAGCCAGGCUUGGAGAUCAAGGGUAAAAUCUUGGAAGCAAGGAGAGGAAAGGCCUUCUCCUUUGACCCCAUGAAGUGGCACGAAGUCCAGAACCAUAUCGGAGAAAGAAUCAUGGUCAUUGCUUACACCCCAAGGUUGUCAAACUUCGACAUUGCCGAGUUAGAGUACUUGAAGGGCCUGGGUUUUCGUCCUUUCGGUGAGGAGGAGGGAGAAGCAGGGCAAGGAGGUUCAGAUGCAGAUCGGCCUCCUAGCUUUCAAGGUCCAGAAGGAGGUUCAGAUGCAGAUCGGCCUCCCAGCUUUCAAGUUCCAGAAAGAGGUUCAGAUGCUGAUCGGCCUCCCAGCUUUCAAGAUGCAGCAAAGGCCGCUAUGAAUCACGAGUCCCCACUUCUCGUCCUCAACGAAGCUCAAGCUCAACUUCUUGAAGACUUGCAAGAACGCAGCCAAGCUUUGAGACUUCUCUUGGAGGAGGAGUACAUGUUGGCUGAGGAUCUGCGUCAAGCAGGCAAGCUCGUUGAGGAGGAGACAGAGAAAGUGCAGCUUAGCAUAACGCACAUGCUAAGGCAAGCAUCUGAGCGGCUUUCAAAACAAGACCGGGCUGUGCUGAGGGUGUGUUUGAAAGCGGCGUCUGAAGCGAGUGAGCCGGACUACGAGAAGCUUUUAGAAUCCCUUGAGAACGACCUUCAAGUCAAACCGGUUGUCAGUAGAUGGAAUGCUGCCAUUCGUAAGGAGCUGGAUAACCUUUUUCAAGGAGGCACUCUGAUUGAGAUAAGUCGAGAUGAAGCUCGCCGCCUGGAACGUCAAGGCGUACUCCGCUUAGUGCCGAGCAAGGGUGUCCACACGUUGAAACCCCCAGUUGGCAAGAACGAACGAUACAAAAGGAAGUAUCGUUUAGUGUUGUGCGGCAAUUUUGCUGCCCCUGAAGAACAGUUCGGCUCGUUGUAUGCUGGAGGUGCUUCAGCAGAAACUUUCAGAACUGUGCUGGCGAUAGCAGCAGGCAGGGGGUGGCAAGGGGCCACCGCUGACAUAACUGGGGCGUUCCUCCUAGCACCUUGGCCGGAGCACCUCCACCGCUACGCAGUUGUACCACCGCGCCUUUUGGUCGAUAAUGGCUACGUGGCUGAAAAUGCCUACUGGCUUGUCUGCAGGCCAUUGUACGGCCUUCGGGAGUCGCCAGCGAUAUGGGCGUCUUACAGAUCCACAAGGUUUUCCCAGGCCAGAAUCCCCUACAUGGACAAGUACCUGGUUCUAAGAGCUUCAAAGGUCGACUCUGAACUGUGGUUUAUCUUCUUUGAGGGUGAGGAUGUGCUACUGGUUGUGUGA